AUGGAGGCAACUACUUUCUUGGCUUGCCCUACUUUGCACAGAAAGCGUGCUUUAAGUAUACAUCCGUCUCAGUACCAGAGAAGAAAUUAUGGAAUUACAAUCACAAAAGUUGUCAGUGAAAAGAAAGGAGACGACAAGGGAAAAUCUGUUGAUAAAAAUAUGAUCUUUCUGCGAAUGCGCAUCAAGAAAAUAAAGAUGUUAGAGGGAAGUAGUAGCAGCCCGGAUAUGCCUAAGUCGAAGGAGAUGCCUAAUUCGAAUUGGAAAGAAUGGGAGAAGAAGUACUGUAGACAUUACCAGAGAGAUAUCUGUGAAGGUGUGGGGUUAUUGCAGUCAUAUUUGAUGAAUACAAGGCCUAGUGUGGCUUUAGGAAUGUUAACGUUAAUUGCCUUGAGUGUACCAUUGUCGACAUCUGUUGUCUUGAUCAAUGUCUUGAAGGUGGCUAAUGGAUUACUGGCUGGGUCUCAUGUAUCCAUAGACAUUGAUUUUUAA